AAAAAAACUCGUUGCACACAACAGCAAAACACGCAACAAAAAAAUUAAAAUAUUAAUUCGAUUUAAAACAAAACGCAUUACAAUUAAAAGCAAACAAUGAGUGCCAGCUAAGUGCCUCAAUUGGCCGGAUAUGUGUAAAUCAAGUGCAGUGCAAUUAGCAAUACAAAAAUUUGUUUAAUAUAGCCUACAUACAAAUACAAAUACAAAAAAAGAAAUAUUUUUUCGUAAGUGUCGCAGAAUUUACUAGUUGCUGUUGGUGUAUGCGUGCCCCACUCGUGCUUGUGUGUGUGCGUUUACGUGUGUGUGUGUAUGUGUAAGCAUGUGUAAUUGUGUUAGUGACUUUGACUGCAUUUUGCGUACGUUUUUCUUUUGUUUUUGAUUAAAAUGUAAUACAUAAAAAGAACAACAACAACAAAGUCGCAAGGCAAUAGCCGCCCUAAACACAACAACAACAAUUAAUUUGCUGCUAUACAACACUACAACACUGGUGAAAGAGAAACACACACACACCAAAAAAAUAGCAGCAUGUCGCAUUCAAUGUAUGCGUGUGUGUGUGUGUCGCUGUCGUCGUCUCGUCACAACGUUUGCAUGUGUGCGUGCGUGUGUGUGUUGAUUAGUAGUAUUUGUGUUAAAUAAUGUUUAAACAUUUCUUUAUUUCGCACAACGAACACAACAACAAUAUUUUUGAUGCGUUUGCAUUUUAAUUCAAAAAGCAACAACAACAACAACAACACCAACGCCAGCAACCUGCCAAUAAUAAAAACAAGAGGAAAAGUAACACCAAGAACAACAACAACAACAACAGCAACCACAACUCAUGCGGUGCUCAAAAGCCAUCGCCAACUUUAACCUCUUCUCAACAAGAGCAGCACAAAAUCAACUACAACUAUUUCAACAACAACAACAACCACAAGUGUUUAAAGCUACAGAGAGCAACGGCGUCGCCAAUCGCCGCUCGCUCUCAAUAUCUCAGGAGUUGUUGUUGUUGCACAAUUAUUAACGUUGGAUUAACCUCCCCCCACCACCACCACCUUCCGUCACCUGCCAACCAAGGUUCUAAUGUAGGGGAAAUACCAGCAACAACAACAACAAUCGCGUCAACAGCAGCAACAGCAAACGACAACAACCACAACGUCAGCAGCAACGGGACAUGGAUAUUCAUAUGAAAAAACUAACGAAACCACGCGCGCGUUAUGGCCCAACAGCAACAACAACACCAGCAGCAACAACAACAUCAUCAGCAGCAACAGCAGCUGCAACAGCAACAACAACUACUCCAGUACAAUAACAAUUUGUACAAUAAUUAUAACAUGGAGGAUCCCGAACGGCGGAAAAGGCGGGAACGGGAAAAAUAUGAACGACAACAGGGCAUACAGAGCGACGAUCGGGAGACUAGUCUAUUCGCGGAGCCGCGUCGAGUGACGCCCGGCGAGGCGGAUGCGGAAAUAACCGCGGCCCUCGGUGAGUUCAUCGAAGCGCGGGAUUACAUGAAUGCCUCCACGGUGGGGAUCUAUCGCCAGGCGCCGACAGCGUCGAGUGCGCGUCUCCAGGCGCUGCCGAAUAAGGCUGGCUUGGCCACCGCAUCGUUAUCCGCUAAUGCCUCCUCCGCCUCGUCGUCCUCCUCAUCAUCAUCAUCAUCAUCGUUAUUAUCAUCCGCCUCGGUGCCUGGCCAGCUGCCCACGUCACAGCAACAACAGCAGCAGCAGCAACAACAGCAACACUAUCAACAGCAGCAACGGCCGCCCACCUAUCUGAAGCAAGCGGACAAUAAACCUCCCUACAAUGGACGCGGCGGUUAUCCCGGCCAGCCCAUGAAGAACGACAUCCCCUCGAGUAGCGGCAUGGCGCCACCUCGAGGUCCGCCCAGAUCUUCAUCCUCCUCCACGUCGUCGUCGUCCUCUUCCAGCAACAACAACAACUCGUCCAGCGCCACAAACAAUGCCACAGCGGCAGCGACGUCUGCAUCCUCGCCCCUCGGACCGCCCAUCUCCACCCAGAUGCCGAAUGGACGCGAGAAGUCCUACCUCGGGCCGCCCGCUCCCGCGCUCUCCAACGGCGGUCGCUUCGUCCCGCCAGCGGCCAGCAGCAAGCGUCCGGGCAGCAACUCCGGUCUGCAGCCACCGCCCCCAGAGAAGGACGUGAAUAAGAUGAUCAGCGAGAUGACGAACAGUUAUCGGGUGACGCCGCUGACUUCGAUAGCGGCGACGCCGCAUGCGCCGAUGCGCGAGAACUACAACCUGAAUGGGCCCAAUAAGUUUAAGUAUGCAUUUGAUGCAGUGGAUCCCAUUGGACCACUCAACUCCCCGCCGGCGGCGUCGAGUGCCUCAUCGCUGAUGACGCCGCUGCUGACGCCAAUAGCGCAAAUCACAUCCCCAAUAGCCCCGCUGCUGACGACGCCCCCUCAGGCCAGUCAACUGCCCCUCGUGGCGCCCCUGGCAGGUGCCACAACGGUGCCGCCCUCCUCGCUGGUCGCCCCCAUUCCCAUUCCCAUCCAGCAACUGUCGCCCACUCCGCCAAAGGCAUCGCAAAUAGCGCCAGCGAUAAAACCGCUCAAAACGGAAAAAGGCUACACGCUGGAGAAGCAGGACUCCUGUCUCGAGAACGAUCUGGAGCUCUCGGAGUCGGACGACGAAGGCCGCAAGAAGGAUGGUCGUUCAGCUGGAAAUAGCAGCAACAGUUCGGAAUCGGAUUCGAGUGAAUCUGGCAGCGAGGCGAGCAGCAAAGGCGAACUGCAGCAGCAGCAGCAACAACAGCAGCAACAUCAGCAGCAGCAGCAACAGGAGGAACAAGAGUUGCUGCAACAACAGCAGCAGCAGCAGCAACAGCAACUGUAUAUGCAGCAGCAAUCGUCGCAGCAGCAGCAACCACAACAGCAGCGACAAUUUCUAGUAGCCAACAAUGCGAAUGGCAGCAAGAAGAAAUACAGUCAGACGAUCAUUGCGAGUGGACCGAACACAAUCAGCGGACUGUUGACCUCAAGUGGCGCUGUCAACUCAACGGGCAGCAGCAGCGGAGGCAGUGGCAAUGGCGGUGGCAAUGGCGGUGGCGGAGGCUGUUCGAGCAGCUCGGGAAUGGGCACGAUGAGCAGCUCGAGUUCGUCGAACAAGACGCCAUCGCCAACGGACAGCAAUCGAUGGACGCUGAGUCGGUUCUUUCCGAAGCCAACGAAUCAAACGAACUCGGCGGAGAAUGCGUCACCUGGGGUGAGCAUGAAAGUGCCGGGAAUCCUUCCGGGCGGGGCACAAAUCAUACCCGAAUCGAUUGAGGUGACCACGGCGAUUGUGAAGAACGAGAAGUUGCUGCACGAGGAGUCGCGACAUCACGGCGACGACGACGAUGACGACACCAACGAUGAGCAGCAACAGUCGCGUUAUUCCGGUCUCAGUGUCACCGUGAAGAAGGAGGCCCUCGAGCAGCAGCAGGAGCAACAGUUGCAGCAACUGACGUCGGGUCAAAUCAAACGCGAGUCGCGACUUUCAGACUCGGGAUCAGGCAGCGCCAGCGGCAGCAGCAGCUCAGACAGCGCUGCCGGCGGCGGUGGCAACAGCGAAGUUGUUCCUCUUCCUGGACCCGGAGGCAAGUUGCAAAUCCCAGGCGUGCCUGCAGACAUCACAACAGUGUCGCGUGUGCCGCAAGCGACGCAACACAAGUCGCAGCCAAACAGCGUCACGUUGACGCCGUUGCCAGCGUCGCCGAAGCAGCGACAGAAGCGUCAGCGGAAGAAGAAAGGUUCCGUGGCGCAAUCCGCAGCGUUGUUGCACUCGGAUUCAAGUGAUGACGAUGAACCGGCGAGCAACAACAAGAAGCAUGCGCUAGAGUUGGCAACAGUUGCUGCCGCAGCAGCAGCAGCCACGCUACCCAUUGCUGCUGCUGCUGCUGUGCCAGCAGUGAAGAAGGGACGCGGCAGACCACGCAAACAGCAGCAGCAGCAGCAACAGUUGCAGCAACAACAGCAGCAGCAGAGUGGCAAUCUGAGCAGCGCUUCGGCCAGCAGCAGCACGCAGGCAAAGGGACCAACGUUGACGGCAGCCAAGAAGCCGCUGGCCAAGCAAUCGAAUGCAACGGCAGCCGUAACACCAACAGCAACCACAGUUAGUCGCAAGCGUGAGCACAGCAGCAACAGCAGCAGCAAUGGCAACACGCCCACCAAGAAGUCAGCGCCACAGCCGCCGCCUGUUGCCGCCGUCGCUGCGUUGGCUGGCAGCAGCAGCGAUGAGGAGAGCAGCAGCAGCAGCUGCAGCAGCACAAAGUCGAGCAACAGCAGCAGCAGCGACAGCGACACAGCAGCCACAGUUGGUGGUGGCGGUGGUGGUGCAGCCAAGGCGCACAAUCCAGCCAAGAAGCGCAUUGUGAAGAUCAACAUGCUUGGCAGCAGCAGCAGCAACAACAACAACAAGACAAAGCAACGAUACAGCGCGGCGAGCAGCAGCAACAGCAGCAGCAGCGAGACUGAAGAGUUGCAGCAGAAGCAAAAGCAACAGCAGCAACAGUUGCAGCAGCAGCAGCAGCAACAGCAAAUGCUGCUGUUACAGCAGCAACAGCUGCAACAGCAGCAACAGCAAUCAUUUGCACUGCAACAGCAGCAACAACAACAGCAGCAGCAACAACUGCAACAGCAGCAGCAGCAACAAAAUAGCAACAGUCAAAGGUUGAGCAGCAGCGAUUGCAGCAGCUCGGCGAGCAGCGGCAGCAGCAGCAACAGCAGCAGCGGCAGCAGCAGCAGCAGCGAUGAGGACGACACUGCGCAUCGGGGCAGCGGGAAGCGGAAGAGUGAUAAGAAGAAGAUCUGCACACUGACGCGCAUCUUCAAUCCCAAAGAGGGCGGUGCCAAAAAGCAGGGACAAGUUGUCAUCAUCGAUCAGUCCGAGGAGCAACAACAACAACAGCAACAGCAGCAGCAACAACAGCAGCAGCAACAGCAGCAACAACAGCAGCAACAGGCGGCAAAGGAGCAAAGCAAGGCGAGAGCCACGCCCAUACAGGUAUUGGGCGCCAAUCUCGCCUCCCCCGCGCGCACCACAACCCCUCACCUCACCUCGCUGAUGUGCAAAAUCUCGCUGACGAAGCUGGCGCGAGUUCCUCCCGAAUGGUAUAAGAACAGCUAUCGUCUGUACCCCGCGACAACCGAGCAGCAACAGCAGCAGCAGCAGCAACUGUUGCCCGAUGGCCAUCGACUGAAGGAUCGACAGCAGAACGGACAUCUGAGCAGCCGCUCAGCGGAUGGCGGACGAACUCCGAAGCAACUCAAUGCUGCCUACAACACGCCCAACGGUUAUGCCUCUGCUCCUGGUUCGGGAUCGGGGGGCGGGAAGUUGCUGGGCGGGGUCAAGUAUGAGCAGGGAGUUAAACCGGAACCGGAGCCGGAGCUGGACGCCGGCUAUGCUGAGGCCAAGUACAAGCCGAGCACCAACAACAAUAACAACAACAGUGUGAAACAGGAAUUUAUGCUGAAGCAAGAGUUGCCGCCGUCGGGACGACGUCGCAAGCGCAGCUCGAGCUCCAGUUCGAGUCCGUACAAGGAGAAGAAGCGAAAAAAGGAGAAGGCCGAUCAGCAUAGCAAGGAACUGCUGCCGGUGCCAGUGUUGCUGCCUGCCAACAACCACGAGCGAUUAUCCCACGACAAACUCGAGCUGUUGCAGCAGGAGAGCUCAACGACGGCGACGAUGACGACGACAACCACGGCCAAUGGGAGUCCCAAUCAGAAGUUGUCACAGCUGUCCCGCCAACAGCAGCAGCAGCCAGCGUCACAGCAGCAGCAACAGUCAACGACUGCGGCGGCAGUAGCAACCACAGCAACUGUUGCUGCGGUGCAAACGACGACACAACUGCCAACAACCUGCAGCGAAGCGGUGCAAACGACGCCGCCGCCAGCUGCAGCAUCGCCAGCGCCGCGUCUCAUCUAUCGCUCGCACUUCGACAACGAGGAGGAGCACACCAGCAAUGACCUCAUGAGAACCGAUCUACUGCUUCAGGAGGCAAUCAAGAAGAAGCGAGCCGCCGACUCGGAACGCUCCGACUGCUUUACACAGAUGACGCUCUAUUUGGAGGCUAUUGUGUACUUUCUGUUAACCGCCGAUGCCAUGGAGCGAACGAACAGUGAUGCCACCUGGACCAUGUACAAGGAUACCCUAUCGCUAAUAAAAUACAUUUCCUCAAAGAAUCGACCCUAUCAGCUAACAACGAAUGGCAAGCACGAAUCCCACAACAUUGUGGCCAUACUCAGCUUGCGUUGCCAAUCGUUGAUUUCCCUUAAGCUUUACAAACUGCGACGAGCUAAUUGUCGCGCCAUCAUCGCCAGCUGCUCGGAAUUCUUUCGAUCUGGCAGGGGGGACAUGCUAAAUGGCAAUACGCCAUCCUCCAUAUCACCGUCGAACUCGGUGGGCUCACAGGGCUCCGGUUCGAAUACGCCGCCUGGCAGAAUAGUGCCUCAAGACAUACACAAUCAGCUAUGCAAGCAGAAUGAGUAUCUCACCUAUGUAAACAGCUCUCACGAGUUGUGGGAUCAAGCCGACAGAUUGGUGCGAACCGGCAAUCAUAUAGACUUUAUUCGCCAAUUGGAUCAUGAGAAUGGACCUUUGACGCUGCACAGCACGAUGCAUGAAGUGUUUCGUUAUGUGCAGGCGGGUCUCAAGACCCUACGCGAUGAUAUCUCCUAUCAGCAAUCGCAGUUGCGAUAACUACAACGACAACAAGAUGAAAGAGAAGAUGAAGAAGAAGAAGAAGAACGGGAAAAAGAUUAUCAAGAGCAUCACCAGCACCAAACGUGUCUAAAUGAAAGUCAGGCCAAAUUAGCAACUAUUAUUAGAAUUAUUUACCAGAAUUAUUUAGUUGUUUAGUUUAGGAAAGCUUCCACGAAACAAAAGAAAACAGAAAACAGAACAGAACAGAGAACUGCAACAACAAUAUUUUUUUUGUUAACUAUUUCAUCAUUAAUUGCUAGUUAUGUUCUUCUUUGAAUAUGAAUUCAACCAUUUAAACAUUUAAAGCUAAACAUUAUUAUUAUGUAAUGCACAUUUACUUAUUUCCUUAUGCUCAAUUGUCACAUUUGGUUAGGCAUUUUAAGCUUUAUAUUUAUGCCUAGUUUUAAUUGAUAUUAUUAUAUACAGAACACACACACAUUUUUUAAACUCUAUCUAUAUAUAUAUAUAUGUUUCCUAGAUUAUAGCUAAAGCGCCCCCCUCCCCUCUAUUUUUAUGCCCUUCCCUCCCCGGCGUAUCGCUUUCAAAAUUUUAGUUGAAUUUUGUUUUUGUUUUUGAUUGAUAAAAUACACAAAAGAAUUAUGGCUUUUUAACAUUUAAGUUAGUUAAAUCUCUCCCCCUCUCUCUCUCUUUUCCUACCCUUUAAAAAUCGUUUCGUUUCGCACAUUUAGAAUAUUCUCGCUGGCCAAAAUUGUUAAUGCGCCUCAACAAAAAACAAACAAACCGAAAAGAAAAAUAAUAAACAUAAAGAUAAUAGUACAUUUUGUACAUAAGCUAAUCACAAACUAAACUAGAGAGUAUAAACAAAAUGAAGCGUGAAGUUGAUCUAUAAGUUAUGGUUUUUUUUAUUAUUAUUAUUAUUGAAUCUAAUUUAAAUGAAAAUUUAUUGAGUUAACAAAAAACAACAAACAACAACAAAGAGCAAAACACUAUUUUACAUAGUUUUAUUAAAUUACAUUUAAUUAUGUUUAUAUUAUUAAAUAUACAUUUAUAUAUAUUAUUGAUUUUAAACAUAAAACAAGAAGCGGAGAGAAAAAGCAAUCACGUUUUUAGAACAAAAUUUCAUUAAUGAAAAUAUAUACAGAUGGUAUAUAAAACACACACACUCACACAUACACAUACACACAACACACACAUAUAUAAUAUAUAUUUAAAAUAUAUCGCAUAUAUUUGCAAACUUUGUA